AUGCAGAGGCUCCCGGCCCUGCGCCUCAUGCCCCUCGGCGGCUCCAUCACGUACGGGCAGGGCUCCUCCCAUGGCAACGGCUACCGACAGGCGCUGCGAGAGCUGCUCGUCGCGGACGGGCACCGCGUCCAGAUGGUCGGGUCACGCACCGCGGGGACCAUGACGGACAAUUGCAAUGAGGGCUGGCGGGGCUUCACCGUCAAGCAAAUUGAGGCCAAGGCACGGAGGUCCGUCCCGCGGGCGCUGCCCAACUUGUUCACCGUCAAUGCCGGCUCGAAUGACUGCAUUCAAGCCCUGGACCUGCGGUCUGCGAGCCAGCGCGUGACCGACCUGCUCGAGUUUCUCUGGGGGGCAUCGCCAAAUUCUACCGUCAUACUGUCUACUCUGCUCGUCAGCUGUGACGAUAACACACAAUCGCGAGUGUUGCGCUGGAAUGACGCCCUGCAUGAGCUGGUACGGCAGGAUGGCUUCCAGAACAAGAGACUAGUGCUCGUCGACAUGCACGGCACGGACGGUCCACAACGCGACGAUCUGGUAGACGGGACGCAUCCCAACGACGACGGCUACGUCAAGAUGGCAAAGAUCUGGCACCACGGAGUUGGAGUCGCCAUGGCCAAGGGGUUCCUGCAACCGCCACAAGCACCAUGCUGA